AUGCGCGCUGCUCGACCGUCCUCCUCGGUCACGGGGAUCCACGCCCCCGAGAAAAGCGUGCUCCAUGCGGGCUCGUUCAGGGAGUUCUUCGCGGCCUGCCGCAGCGCGGACCCGAACGCGGCCUGGCCCGCGGACCUCGGGCCGCCGCCCGAGGAGGACGAGGACGAGGCGCCUGGCGGCCUCGACGAGUGCGGCAUGCCGCUCGCGGGCUUCUGCGACCAGCCGCUCGUCGCCAGGGCCGCGGGGCCUUGGCGCGCGACCCACGCCGAAGACGCCCGCUGGGCCCCCCGGCGCGCCGCGAGGCUCGCCGCGUGUGGCCACGGGGGACAGCGUUUGGGCGCGGCCGAGCCCCCUGCGCGCCUCCGCGGCGGACCUCGCGCGCGGCCGGAGCAGCUGCGCGGGUGCACUGGCCGUGGCGCCGCCGGCGGGCCAGGCGCGCGCAGGCGCGCGGCGGCGGCGGCUGCUGGCGGUGGAGCGGGCAAGCGCCUGCUGGGGGACUUGGUCCACGAGCGGGCGGAGGCGGCGGCGAAACUUGGCCCGGCCACAGGGCUCGCCGCGGCGGCCCCUGGCGCCGCGGCUAGGGGUGACGGAGGCGGCGGCGAGAUGCGCUGCUCCAGCUGCUGUGUGAGGCCGUCGCGCGCCGUGGCAGUUCAGCCGACCUGCUGCAGUUGCUCAUGUCGAACUCGAGCGGCAGCGGGGACAGUGCCGUGCCGCUCUCGGCGCCACCUCCGGCAGGUCGCUGAGAAGUUCCGGGGCCUCUUGUCCGAGCAGGCCAUUUGCCAGAUGCGGGAGUGCCUCGCGCCGCAGGUCGGUGACGACGUGCCUAUGGACUUCCUCCCCAUCUCUUUGAAGUGCAUCUUGAACGUGUUCAUCCCCCAGAACCGGAUAAAGUCUAUCAGUGCCGAGGUCUACCGCGAGACGAGGACCGUGUGCGAGACGGCCGAGGCAAUCCUUAGCGGCAGUGCGUCCUACUCCUUCGACGUCCUGAGCAAGAGGCUCGAGGCGCUGCAGCUCUUCUCGAUCGAUGAGGAGAUCGUCGGCGCGGUCGAGCUCGGCGAGCUGCGCCUCGAGGAGCUGCUCGCGAAGCACAAGAUGGGCUAG